CUUUUCUUUCGUCUGCCUUGACCAUUGUUGUCUAACGAGGACAUAUUUUCGUUUUAUACAUUUGUUCACCUGUUUAAAUAUACAUUAUUCGGACUGCUUGUUAGAUCCAAGUUGGCUGCUCGACGCAGUGUCUCACCUCACAUCCAUCAUCAUCUUCUAAAAUCCGCCAUCACUCGGGUGCCAUCGGUAAUACACCCGUUUUGUCCACCAGCUUGAACCGACUUACAGUGGUGGUGUGCUAAGCAGUUCGUUGCCCGGCGGAAACCACAGGCUUAGGCGCUGCCUACCUGUUCCACACCAUCACCUCCGAUCUCACUCCGUCCCACCCACACAGCGUCGCAACUAUUUGCCAAGGCCAAAAGACUUAUACGCGAACAACCUGUUAGAACAUAGCCGGCUUUGCGAAUAUUUGUGCGUUUGAAAGCAAGGAUGGAUUGGUGAUAUACCCCUAAGAUUACGACACGGCUUCCGCCGCCAUUAAUAAUUACCAAGCACGCACGCUCGAUAUGUCGUCGUCUCUCAGAUUUGGGUCGAUCCCAAAGAUCGGUCGGUCUGAGGAAAAGGGCGUAUCAGCGAAAACUGCCUCUUCAAAGUCAACAAAUGCAACCAGACAAGGUUCUGGCGAUAACUGGCCUGGUUCUGCCCUCAAGAGUACCCGACCAGACAUGGAAACCUCUAGGUUCCAAACUGGUGUGCCAAGCUCCAGCAGGAUACCUCAGGGACCAGCCAGGAAACCUCCAUCCAGGCAAGGGAGCUCAAGGCCACCAUUAACACACCAGGACAAGUCCUGGGGAUCAGGCUCUACUCAAACUGUCAUCUCUGGUCCUGCAAGGUUAGCCUCUGGAUCCGUCCCAGGUCCUUCCACUACGCCCGUGGAGGAAAAGAAGCGACCGGUUCGAAAUGUUUUGCGAAGAAGGUCUUCGAACAUGAUCCAAGAUGCCGUUGAAAAUCGCAAAGAAAUCAGGAUGGUCCCACAAAGGAAUGACUCUGCUUCCUCUGUACCGCGCUCUGUUAUGUCACCAGAGUCUUUCAACAGCUCACAAUACGACCGGAGCAUCACCGAGUCGCCUGCCGAGAUCAAAGUUGCGAUGCGAGUCGAGCUCCCAACUACAAACGCCCAAACGGUACGGAUCUACCCAGAGUUGGAUCGUUAUGGAGGCGCAAGACCAUACCAUGCUGGUAGCGGUUCUUCAAUAGAAGUUCCCUAUCCCCUUUCCACUCACGAUCUCCCGCCACCAACGCCUCUUUUCUCCGGAACUAGCAGCCAAAUCAGCGGCUACAGCGGCAGCCCUUCUACUGGAUUCUCUGGUUCUCCUGGUAUUUGUCCAUACAGCAGGGACACCACUCCUACGACCUCAAUCCCCUCGCAUUCGCCGGCACUCGUUGCGUCUGGACGGUUUGCUGCAGCUAAACUGAAGCAGAACAGUCCCGCCGGCGGUCAGAGCUCCAGGCCGCCAGUCACAAGGAGGAGAGCCGGAAGCAUACCAAAUGACACUGGUGGUGCGGCGAGCGCUGACCCUAAUGGUCUUGCAGCUGUUAGGGAAGCACUCAAUUCAUCAUCAUCAGGCUCGACAGUCCGCGAUGGAGACAGGAAAGCCGAGCUUGAACGAGAGCCUGAAUGCGAAAAGAGGACCAGGAGAAGACUCGGCACAGUACCGCCAAGUCCUCCUCCUAGAACGUCGUCCGAGAAACACAAGGAAAGAGGCCUAGAGGCGUCUCCUUCGAAGCAAGCUCGUCAGCCCGCGCCGCUAAUGAUGACCUCACAGACAACAGAAGGACGCGUGCAGAAGCCCCCUGUCAGCAGGAUACAACCCCCUAGCCCCUCUGUCGUGCCAAGAGCAACACCCCCGAUCAGGCCGAGUCGAGAUGGAACCCCGGAUUUGCUCUCGCAGUAUGGAAUGCCGGUACCCAUUAUCCAAAGCAAUCUUUCGUCGACCUCGAUCGGCGAGAGGCGCCAGAGCUUGCCAAUGAGCCCUGGAACCAACGAUACUGCCAGCCUAGCCUAUCAGAGCUCCAGAUCUGUGACACCCUCGCAGCAGCCACCCCAAUCCAAACUUCCCCUUGGACGCGAGCCCACCCCUGCACCCCGGACCGUUGAGACUCGUAGACCCAGCCAUGGAUCAACGACCAGCCGGAGUCCCAGCCCCGGCGUCACGAACUUCAGGACGCGAUUUCUCUUUGGGCGACGGAAGACUGCUGGUGAUGAACCUUCAAAGGCCCCCGAAAAGGCUACCGAAAAGAAGGAAAAGCCUGUUCGAAAAGGGCCUGCUGCUGGCACGGGACACGAAGGUUAUGGGCGUGUCGGCAUGCCUCACAGGCGCCGCAGCAGCCUGAGCCGCGGAAUCGCCGGCACAAUGUCCUCGCAGGAAAGCUUGGAGAGCAGGUUGUCCGACGAUCCGUUCCUGCUGGAACGUACCAAGCCCGUUGUCAUCGCUGGUGGUGAGGUUGUUCAGAACAACAACAUUGGACCCGCCAAAAGUGACCAGAAUCUGUUGGCAAGUGUCCCAAGGAAUAUGUCAGAUAUCUCGCUGUCAUCUCAAGGCGACCGUAACACCUUGUGGCCAUCACCCUUUCCCAAAACAUCCACAGCAACUGGUAGCCGCCGUCCAUCAGACCUCAGCGAUUCCGAGGGACCGGCCUUGGAAAUGAGGUCUACGUUGGCCUAUAGAAGGUCCAUCCAAAAACUCAAGGACGGCGGAGACCAGUCAGCCUUGCGACUCCCCAAGCCCAUCAACACAAGAUCGCCACGAGAGAUCACUUCGCCGACCAUGACUAGUCACGACACCAGCAUUCUAUCGGACGAUAGUAUAAUCGAAAUGACUACUGGCCGUGUGUUGCAGGGACCAAGAGCAAUGCCGCCAGUCGCUCUUGGGCCCAAGAAGCUGACCAAGAGAGCCAAGUCGCCACGCAGGUGGAAUAUCUUUGGACGCUCAAGCAGCCAGGUACCGUCCACGACGAGCAGGGAACCUACCCCAGUGGAGUCUCACAAGGUGACAGCCCAAGUGCAGGUCAAGCCUGCCCCUAAAGCCAAGGCAUUCUAUACUAUGGACAUGUCGGAGCAGGAAGACAACGGUGACCCCGCCGCUGCGGCGAAACAAGCCUAUUUGGAGGCGACAUUACUCGAGUCACCUCCUCAACAGCAGGUGCAGCCUCAGCCACCAACACAACCACAUAUACCGCCGAUGGGUAGGCGUCAAUCUGUACGGAGAUCAAUCACGAGCCCGAUAGAGCCCAGGCGCGGCGGCCUUGAUGAAGUACAAGCUCAGGCAGGGGCUUCAAAGCUCCCAAUGGGCCCGGGGAAGCGUGCUUCGCUCACCAAGCCAAAACCCUUCGAGAAUGCUCCCCGUCGUGGCGUCGUCUCGCCUCCCCUGCGAUCUCCACCGACAACUAUGCCUACAUAUAGACGGCCUUCUGUCGGCAGAACCGCUUCAGGUGAUCAGGAUGCCAAGCGCGGGGGUCUUGUUGAGCCUGAAUUUCAAGUACAGAAGCCACAGCAGCCACCAAAGGCCGAGAAACACACCGCUCCGUCUGAAGAGACUCCGGCGCCAUCAACCGAGCCAGCUAUUUCGGAACAGCAGCCGGCAAUCAGGAGAGCUGGGCGACCCAGUCGCUUGCCCCAGGUUGGUCGUAUUCCCAAGGUGGUCAGCGCUCGUCCCGAGCCCACAUCGCCAAAGAGCUUUUCGCGCCCGUUCCAUCGAAUCAGCCUCCUGCCACCAACCCGCGACGAAACUCGUGACAUCACCUCGAUAGCAAAGGGACCAAGUCCGCCCAAGCCCGCAAGCCCCGAGCUAGAGCCCGCCGAGUGCUUCACGGAUGACGAAAUGGAGACAACAACUCUGCACAACGACCACACCGUGACCAACUCCCCCCAGCACCUUUCACGAGAGAUGACACCCGACAUUGGCAAGUUCAUCAACGACUUCCUCUCGUUCUCGCCGCGCAAAAACUCACACUCGACGUCGUGCACUGCCACUUCCUCAAGCUCCAACGGCAUGUAUUGCUUUGCAGACGCUACGGCUGUGGUACCGGCUCACAAUGCACCCCUUGCUGAGGAUGAGGUUUGGCUGGAAUAUGACGACUUGAUCGGCGCGGAAGGCCUCAGAAUCCCGCCCUCUCCAAGCUCGUCUCAUGGUACCCCUUUUCAUCUGGAAGAAUACGCCGCGGGUCUGACGAAGCCGGCCGGAGAGCAGUUGGAGUCCCCCACUUUCAUUCCACAUACAGCUCCACAUGCAGAGACGAGGCAUGUUAUGGAGGAUGACCAUGAGAAGGAGCCGAUACCUUCAAGCAUCUACAGCACCGACGAGACGAAUAUUCUGAACCAAGCUUUGGAGAUGGGAGUCAUUCCGAUUUCGUCGCCUUUUGUCAAUCAAGAUUUUUCCAAUGAUUACAGCGAAGUCGAUAGGCAAACGCAAGCUCUGCCACCCACGCCACAGGCUAUCGCUGCCGACACGGCUGCAGUAUCAAGCGCAUCGGCUCGCAUUGCCGCUCAACGCCACUGUGGCCCGUCACCUUCGGCCAACGACAGCCCUCGCCGCAAGAACAACAAGCGCGUAUCGGUUUCGAGCGGCUCGAGCGGCCUCAGUGACGACAACUCGCCCCUGUCACAGGUUAAUCUGCGCGUGGGCUCGAUGACAGUGAGCAAAUGGCUCACGUUUGGCCACGUACUGUUCAGUCCCGUGCGUGACGACCUCGUUCCCGUUGACGGGUCCCUCAAGAGGCACUCUAUCCUCGUCAUAGAUGGCCUUGGCAACGACGAUUGGUCCUUUUACGCCGCCGAAACAUAUCCCGAGGCGACCUUUUUCAACCUCUCGCCGCGGGCUCCGCUGCCCAAGCCGUCGCAAAAGAACGCAGAAGGCAGCUUCCCUCUCAGCCCGCCGAAUCACCACCAGAUUCAGUACAAGUCACACAUGGACAAGUUUCCGUUCGGCGCUGAGAGCUUCAUUGCGGUUGUUUUUCGAUUCCCAGCUGCGGCACCCGAGGCGCACUUCAGGAACAUCGUGGCGGAGGCACACCGUGUGCUCAAGCCAGGCGGCUUCAUCGAGCUGUCGAUCCUGGACCUGGACCUCAACAACAUGGGCAACCGGUCGCGGCGGAUGGUCCGGCGCCUCAAGGAGCGCAUCCACGCUGUUGCCCCAGAGACCUGUCUCAGCAGCACGGCGGAUCUGCUGCUGAAGCUGGUCAGCCGCAAGGGGUUCAUCGACGUCAAGUCGUGCCGAGUCGGCGUGCCCGUUGCGUCGGCGACUCCCGGUGGCCCGCCGACCACAUCCAAGGCAAAGACCAGGCGGAGGGACGAGCGCUCCCUUGCCGAGAUGAUAUCGGACGACGGCCCCGUGGCAGACGAGAGCAUCACCAAGAUGGUGGCCAAGGUGGGCCGGUGGUGGUUCAGUCGCUGCUACGAGAACGGAGUGCUCGGCGCCAACAGCAUGUGGAACGACCGGUGUCUGUUGGGCGAGUGCGAGGAGUGGGGGACGAGCUUGAAGCUGAUGGUUUGUCAUGCUCGAGUCCCCGAUACAAGGGCGAGAGUUGCGAGUAUUUGAGGGCAUCUCAUUAAUAUUUCUAUCAUUUUCUUGGAUGAUGGUUUUCUCGGAGACAUUUCUUCUCUCAUCUGUCAUGUUCCUCUCGUGGACGGAAAGACGGUUACAAGAGGGCGCGAGCCCGAUGGUGCAACGCAGAAGACCGCUUUUGACUUUUUUUCUCUUUUCAUCAACCACAACACAACGGCGACCCUUUAAUAACCUCCUUUUGAGGAUACGACAGUGAACAAAAAAAAGCCGAUCAUCAUAUCAAAGAUUCCAGCCCUGUCUCAACAAAUGUCAGCAUCAAAAAGACAACAAGAACGCCGGCGACGGCUACCCCUGUCAUUAACAUCAACACAACAUUCUAUGGACCAGUCCUAGAAUUAGGGCUGCGCCCAUAUAUACUGCCCCUUUUUCACAUUCUCGUCACCUGUUUCAUCUUUUCUUUCUUUUUCAUCUUCUUGUUUUCAGCUGCAGGAUGGCAAUAAUGGGGACUAGGACCAAGCGGCAAACGUUGAUUUUCUUCUUUUCUUUCUCUUUUUCUUACCUUUUCAUUUUUACAAAGCGAGCGAAGCAAAGUUUGCGUUUUGAGUGUUGUUUUUUUGCUCAAAAAAACUAGAUACCCCAGUCAAUGAUGGCAACGAUGAUAUGUAACACGGCAACAAAUUUGGAGUUCAAGCAAUAGUACAUAGCAUGCCAGGAUAGUGGAGCUUUCAGGCUUGCUGAGAGAAGUAGACGUAAUAUAUAAGUACUUCGCUA